AUGGCCGGGGACACCUGCGCGGCCCUGACGAGCAAGUACGGGAUCAGCACGGCCCAGUUCCUCGCCUGGAACAAGGGUGCGGGUUCAUCCUGCAACAUCUGGCUCGGCUACUACGUCUGCGUGAAGGCCAUUGGCGUCACGCCGUCCCCGACGACGACUACGAGCAAAAUGACAACGACUACCAAGGGCAACGGGGUGACCACCCCUACCCCGGUGCAGGCGGGGAUGGUGGGCACCUGCAAGACGUUCCACUGGGUCGUCAACGGGGACACGUGCGCCUCGAUUGCAAAGGCCGCCAACAUAUCUGUCGCCAACUUUGUCAAGUGGAACCCGGCCGUGGGAUCGGACUGCAAGACCUUGUGGCUGGAGACGUGGGCUUGUAUUGCUCUGAUCUAG